CAGAAGAUCAUAAGUUAUGGGAUUAAAGCAGGGCCAGCAAGCAACCCAACAAUAAUUCGUCUAUUUGGCUGAUCAGACACUCUAAUCUAAAGAGGAACUGCUACCUCUCUCUCUCCCUCUCUCUCUCUCUCUCUCCCUCUCUCUCUGCUUUCAAUUCCAUCGAUCAAAAUCCUCUUACCGCCGCCGAAAUUCCGAUCAGGUUAAAACAAGGUUAUUAUGGACACAAGAAUAGGGCUGUUAUUUCUUUUCACUCUAAGUGCUGCUGGGUACACUGCUGCUAGACAAAUGGCAGCCACUGAGAUUUUCAGGACGACUACAGAAACCUAUGACAUAUCAGCUAUCAAAAUGAAAAACCAGGAGCAAGAAACAGAUAUUCAAACUUCAAACAAUGUUACCAGGAAAGAUGAGGUGUGCACAUUGUGCAAGGAGUUUGCUGCCCAGGCACUUGAUUACAUGGCUGAAAAUGAAACCCAGACUGAAAUUCUUGAAAUCCUUCACGAAACCUGUUCUUGGUCGGCUAUUUUCAAGCGAGAGUGCAUCACUUUGGUGGACUCCUAUUCUUCUAUUUUCUUCUCAUAUGUUUCUUCAGUGCAAUCUGAUGAUUUCUGUCGCAAAUACAAUCUCUGUCAUGAAAUGGAAAUCUUCUCUGCAAAACACCAUGAGGAUAGCUGUAGCAUUUGUCAACAUGCUAUUUCAGAAGUAUUAAUCAAGUUGAAAGAUCCUGACACACAGCUGGAAAUAAUCGAUUUACUUUUGAAGGCAUGCAACUCCAUGGAGAAUUAUGCUAAAAAGUGCAAAAGGAUGGUUUUUGAGUAUGGCCCCCUGAUUCUUAUCAAUGCAGAGCAGUUUCUGGAAACAAAAGAUGUAUGCACACUGUUACAUGCCUGCAAAGUGCCAAAAGACAGUGGUGAGCAAGCAUCGACAAUGCUGAUGGCUGAUUCAUAAUCAUGAUGCGAAACAUCAUUGGGAAGAAAAUGCUCAUGUUGCAGGUGUGCAUAAUAACUGAUGCUUCAUUUGUAAUUAUGGUGCGCUGUAAUUUCAUUACGUGUUUGAAAUAAUUACAUUCUUGUUAUAUAAAAACAAUAGAUCUGGAAACGCAUUCGCAUUUCUCUGCUCAUCGGAAGCUCUAGAUAAUUGAAGUAGUUUGACUUGGGAACUUCA